UCAUAACUAUGCCAUGUCAUAGUUGCAUAGAUAAGAAAUACCUAACAGACGUUUCAUGAUGGAUUGUUCUUCUUUUCAGAUAUUGUAAGCUGUGACGAUGCUUCUCCUAUUGGUCGUUGCGUUCAAGCUGGUUCUGGGAUCACCGGAACUCUACAGCGGAUCGAUAAGCUUCAGCGUGGAUCUGCUUCCCAACGACACAGCUGUGGCGCAAGUUGAGCUUUUGACAGGAUGGGUUCUUGGAACAGGACCUUGCGGCUCAAAUUGUAGUGAGCUAGACAUCGGGAGGUCGACACGAAAUUCCAGAUUACAGAUCCAGCAAAACAAUUACGAUGACUUUUACUUCGGAAGGUUUACCACCGAUUUCGUCUUUGAGGACAGUGUGGAUCCUUUCUUUCUAUCAGAUAUGCACAAAAUGGACAGGAAAUCCUUUAUCAAAAAUAAAGUGAUGAACGACAAGUUUUCGGAGGAACUUUUAGAUUUGAGUGUUGCUGAACAGUAUGAGCAGGAACUCACAAAGUUUGAGUUUGCAUUGACUCCAAACAAAAGUUAUAUAUUUCUGAAUUUUGAUGGCUCCUAUUGGAAGAGUCUCACGCAAGAUCUCAGAUGCUACCAGAGGCAUGAGCCAUCCAUCGAUUUGUCAAAAAUAAGUUGGCACAUGGAGUCGAGGAUGCAUUCAGAGAUUCGUAACGAUACAUCUUUGCCAAAUACCUCACCAAAACUAUAUAUAAAGCCAUAUUACAGGAUGAGGCCAAACUCCACGACUUCCUUCACAAUACCGACAAUGGACAAGGAAGGAGAUGCUGUAAAAUGCAAACUAGCCAAGUAUAUACAGGACGGGAAUCUUGAAGCUUCGUGUACACAUGGACUUACCGUGUUUGAGAACUGCACUGUGAAAAUUGAAACUCUGGCAAUUGAAAACAACCACACGGAAGAGUGGGUUUCUGUUCCUAUAGUGAUAUCAGAAUUUGCUAAAGUACCAAUAGACUUUGGGAGCAGAACCUUAAGUGCCUUUAGAGACAGUGUGGGUGAAAUCCCAGUUCAGGUAUUAGUAAAAAUAAAAGACGAACCAGAUGCACCGAUAUUUAUAGAACCCAAAAUGAAGGAUAAUGAACGUUUUAUUGUCUACAACCGAGCAACAUGGUCAGCCACGAUAUACACAAAAUCAGCACCUGGACGGGAGAUCCAUAAGUAUUCAGUGAUAAGCAGAAAUAAAAAUGAUUAUUUCGUUUCCCAACUUAAGAAGUUAAAUGGAAGUACAGAAGCCCAGAUUCCUACCUCCCCACUUUUUAAGUACAGCAAACAAGACAUUGUAUGCAUCUCAGCUAUUGACACAAGAGGGAUAAGCACAGCGGAACAACUAUGUUUUGUUCUGUAUUUUAAAGACACGGAUCUGAAUUACACUCUACCAUCCAUAACGGAUCUCCCACACUUUGUUGACCUACCCUCGCCAGUUGACGGAGUAGAAUGCUUACAGGAACACGUGUGUGUCCUACCAUUGUUUGUUAAGUCCAACAGCGCGGUUAAGGAUAUAGUUGUGACAAAUAUUGAGGCUGUAAAGAACGAUAACCUCACGAAUGUUGGACAACCGUUUACGAUAGAAACAAGUAAGCCGGAGCAGCUUUUGUCCGAUACCUUCCAGAUUGAUCUUCAUUUCAAAAGCAACACGUCAGGCUAUUUCAACGUGUGUUUAGAAGCCAUUGUGGAAAUCGGGAACAUGCCAGACACAACAUGUAUACUAACACGCAUCGAGCCGAAAAACCCUUGUUAUUCGAUACCAUGCCAAAACUCUGGCGAAUGCAAAAUGCGCGAUGACUUGACGGGUGAUUUUGAUUGCUUCUGCCAGGAUGAGUACUAUGGCCCACUUUGUGAACAUCGACAUGAUCCCUGCCUAUCUAGCCCGUGCAUGCAUGGUUUAUGCUUCUCGAACGUUCGUCCUUACUUCUGCUUCUGUACCGACGACAACGUGACAGCCAACGAGUACGAGGGAAGGAACUGCGAAAUACAUAAGACUUUAGGAUGCACAUUUGAAAGAGGAACUUUGUGUAACUGGACCAACUUUGUUGGCGAAAGUUCUCUCGACUGGAUCGUGACAUCGAAUGAUUCAGUCGCAGUUGAAUUCUCACAGUCAUCCCACAGUGGACCAAUGAUAGCCUGGUUAAAAAGUCCCGUCUUUGAUUCCGCAAUAGUCAAAACAAGAUGUCUUUCCUUCGAGUACUUCUUACAUGGUGCUGGUGCCUUAGAACUAAACAUUUACGUGACACCGUCCAAUCGCUUCCAACUUCCGGGGACCAAAGUGUGGUCCGUAUCCACUGACCACGGAAACACUUGGAUCACCGAGCACGUGGAAAUAUCGUCAUCUGAAUCGAUCUAUGUGAUUUUUGAGGGCCUUGUUGACCAGAGCUACAAGCAAGACGGUGUUGCUGUGACCAACAUAUCAGUGUCUGAAACUAGCUGCGCAAAUCAUACUACACUAAGUACGUCUUCGAAACCACCCAUAUCUAUUGGCUAAUUCUUAAUGACUUUCUGAAACUUGUUGCGCAUGUCUUACUGAAGAACGUGUGUUAUAGUUUCCUAUUUAAUUAUAUAUUUAAUUGUAUACAGUGGAUUUUUCUUCUAAUGCGUGCAAAUAAAGGUUAAGGGUCAA